UCUAGACACUAAAAACGUUUUUCUCAUUUCAUUUUGACAUGAAUUUUAGUAGCUUUUUCCUCCUUAUUCUUUGUGUAUUUCCAAUUAUUUUGGGUAAAAAUAUAUUGAUAUUCAACCCAAUAUUUGGCUUCAGUCAUGUCAAAUUUGUCAGUAAAUUGGCAGAUAUUAUUGCUGAUCAUGGUCAUAAUGUUACCGUCUUCCAACCCUUUCACAUUGCACUGAAAAAUACAGAGGGGCUCAUUAAAAAUAAAAACAUCAAGUUUAUUAAUUACUAUCCAGAUCAUUAUGAUGAACUUUUAAAGACGGAAACUCAAACAUUUCCAAUGUUUUGGGACUCACACCUUAUGAAUAACCCAGUUGUGUCUGCCGUGAUGAUGGCUAAAGCAUUGAGUUCAACAUUUGAACGAACUGCCACUCAGCUCGUCAAAGAUCAAAAUGUUCUUAACAAUUUGAAAAGUAAAAAAUUCGAUGUGAUGAUAUCGGAAACAUUUGAGCUUACUGGAAUGUAUGUUGCUCACUUAAUUAAUGUGCCAUGUAUCCCUAUCUGGUCAGCAGUGCGAUUUUUAGUUUUCAAUAAAGCAUUUGGUCAGCCUAGUACACUUGGGUACAUACCUUUGGAAGGCUCCAAGAUGGCUCCUGACUUUGGCUUUUUCGAUCGGCUCAAUGAUGUCUACCGGGACUUUUUUGGACAAAUUGGGAUGGAUCGACUUGGGCAGUACCAAAAUAAUAUUAUUGAGAAAGCGGUUGGUCAUUCAGUGCCAUAUUGGAAAGAUCUUGUUAGUCAGUCUCCGAUUUACAUUACGAACUCGAAUCCAUAUCUGGAUUUUGCUGUUGCAACAACUCCUGCUAUUGUUCACAUUGGAGGGAUCACAAUUGACUUGGAGAAAAUUAAACAUGCUGAUGAAUUACCGGAGGAAUAUGAAAAAAUUCUGCAAGAACGGGAGUCUACAGUACUGAUAUCUUUUGGAUCAGUUAUUCGAUCCUAUGAGAUGCCGGAUAAUUUUAAAGCAGGACUUAUCAAAAUGUUCGAGUCACUUCCAGAUGUUACAUUUAUUUGGAAAUAUGAAAGAGAUGACGUGGAAUUCCAGAAGAGACUCCCAAAAAAUGUUCACUUGAAGAAAUGGGUUCCACAGCCUUCUUUGCUUGCCGACAAACGUGUGAAAUUAUUUGUUACCCAUGGAGGACUGGGAAGUACAAUGGAAGUUGCUUACACUGGAAAACCAGCUCUCUCCGUUCCAAUCUUCGGAGAUCAACCAGAAAAUGCAGAUAUGCUCGCAAGACACGGAGGAGCUAUUGCUUAUGACAAAUUUGAUUUGGCGAAUGGAGAAAAGCUGACAAAAACCGUGAGGGAAAUGGUGACAAAUCCGAAAUUUUCCAAAAAUGCAGAAGCCCUCCGUGAUGUGCUCCUAAAACAACCGAUUGAUCCAAAAAUGAAUUUGAUGAAACAUCUAGAGUUUGCCAUGGAAUUUCCAAACCAUCGCUCUCAAGUUCCCGCUAUCAAUAAAUUGGGUUGGAUUGCACAUUACUAUCUGGAUGUCAUUGCAUUCCUCACACUCGUUGUAGUUGGAUUUCUGUAUUUAAUUUUUCGAUUCACAAAAAUUGUUUUUGUAAGAAUAGGAAUUUUAAACAAGAAAGCCAAAACGGAAUAAAGACUACAGAAGAUCUCGAAAGUUUUUGCCAAUAUUUUUUGAUAGCUGGGCUGAAUAACCGGACUGAACCGGGCGUUUUUGUCCCUUUUUGCUUUUGUGCUUUUACAACAAACGAAUUUACAUAUCUAUAAUUAUUUUCAACAUAAAAAUGUGUUGCUCAAUCCAAAGAACGCAAAAUGAAAACUUGAAA